AUGGUAGGCAAGAAGAGUAAUCGUCGCCUCUCGGCGCAUAUCAGUCGUGCUGUUGAAGUCCACCAGCGGAAUCGGUAUAAUAAUGACCCCGCCAAACGUUCAACAGCAAGUACAGAGUCCAAGAACUUAAUUCCUGGAAAUGAGACCAACUAUAUUGAGCCAUAUGGAAUGGCUAUAUCCAAGGAGAAGUUGUAUAGAGAAGGAUUCGAUGUUCGAAUCUCUAAUCUAACGCCUCAGGAAAUGCUUGCCAAGUGGAAGCGAGUUGCUAAAAGACACAUAACCAAACCGAGCAAGGAAGAAUUUUACCAGCUCAUGUCGUCUCUUCCUCUACAAGCACACUUGCUGCGGGUAGGAUUCAUACUUUCACCAUACGAUCAUAACCAAGAACCUCGUGCUGUGUCUUGCGGUGUCCUUAGACCGUAUGAGUUUCAGAAAGACGGUGGAGUAUUAACUAGCCUCUUUGCAAUGGGUGAUCUCGCCGCUAUUCUCACAGAGCAUCUGUUUCAUCAAGGAUAUGGCUCAGUCCGACAGCUUUGCUUGUCAUCAAAGGAUGUCUGGCAAUCUCUGAGUUCUUUUACGUCUACUUGGAAUGUUCUAACAGGAGAAUUUGACAAUCGCGGAAUGUCACCCGUAUUUGUGGCGUACACUGCGGCCUACACGAUCGGACAGCUUACAGCACCCCUUCAGAGUGGCAGACAAGGGCUCUUUGCAGACAAGGGCUCCGAGAAAAACUGGUAUCUCAAAGUACGAGAGACGGAGCGAGACAUCGCUGAUGAGGUCUUCCGACUCCGAAAGGCAGCGUUUAAACACAUGGCCGAAUACGACGACAAUGACUGGACAGCCUUCGGACGGGACAUCAAGCCUAUACAAAUUGAUUCGUACGAUGAAUCAGACAUGUUAACAUCUCUCAAGACCGUUGCCAGGAUCAAUCAGUUUGCCUCAGAGCAACCCUGGGAGACCUAUCAAAUGCCGCUCUCAUUGGUUGCUGGGCGAUUAAAGCUAUUUGACACAAAUAGCACUCCAGAGAGAUGCCAUUACCGUUUUGCAUUUACAUGA